GCGUUUCAGUAACGAUACCGCCAAAUUCGAAAAUUCGAAAAUAUUACACAUAAUAAAUAAAUACUUGAAAAGGUAUUUUCUCGUUGCAUUUCAUUUUGAAGUCAUUCCUUAAUAAAACCAAAAUUCAAGUAUGGCGGCAAGAAUUCUAACUGAUUCACCUAAUGCUCAUAUAAACAAAACGAUUCUGGAUCGUUAUUUGGACUUACCUGUUGAGGAGAAUAUUGUACAAGCUACGUACGUUUGGAUCGAUGGCACUGGCGAGGAUCUACGUAGCAAGGAUAGAACCCUAGAAUUCAUUCCAACGAAACCAAGUGAUCUUCCAGUUUGGAAUUAUGAUGGCAGCUCUUGCUAUCAAGCUGAGGGUCAUAACUCAGAUACAUAUCUAUACCCAGUAGCGAUUUACAAGGAUCCAUUCCGACGUGGCAAUAACAUUUUGGUUAUGUGCGAUACGUAUAAAUUCGACGGCACACCUACUGCUACUAAUCAUCGUAAAUCCUGUUUGGAAGUGUGCAAAAAAUGUGAAGAUGAUGAACCAUGGUUUGGAAUUGAACAAGAAUAUACUUUUCUAGAUUUCGAUGGACAUCCAUUAGGAUGGCCCAAAAAUGGUUAUCCUGGACCACAAGGCCCUUAUUAUUGUGGUGUAGGCGCUAACAAGGUUUAUGCCAGAGAUGUUGUAGAUGCUCACUACAGAGCUUGCUUAUAUGCUGGAGUUAAGGUAUCUGGUACAAAUGCUGAAGUAAUGCCAGCUCAAUGGGAAUAUCAAGUAGGCCCAUGCGUUGGUAUUUCAAUGGGUGACGAUUUAUGGAUGUCAAGAUUUUUAUUACAUCGUAUUGCAGAAGAAUUUGGUAUUGUUGCAACACUUGAUCCCAAACCCAUGCCUGGCGAUUGGAAUGGUGCUGGCGCUCACACAAAUGUCUCCACUAAAAUUAUGCGUGAAGAUGGUGGCAUUAAGGAAAUUGAGAAAGCUGUAGCUAAACUUUCCAAAUGUCAUCAGCGUCAUAUACGCGCUUAUGAUCCAAAACAAGGACAAGAUAAUGCUCGUCGUCUUACAGGCAAACAUGAGACCAGUUCAAUAAAUGAUUUCAGUGCUGGUGUAGCAAAUCGCGGUUGCUCUAUUCGCAUACCACGCGGUGUGAAUGACGACGGUAAAGGUUAUUUCGAGGAUCGUCGUCCCAGUUCAAAUUGCGAUCCAUAUGCAGUUGUAGAGGCUAUUUUGCGCACCAUCUGCUUAGAUGAAUAAGUUAAGUUAUUGAAGUCUAAGUAAUAUAAUGAACAAAAGCAUCGAAUACACUUUAAAAAAGUGAAAAUGGGUAAUGAACACAAGGAAUACAAAAAAUUCAAAAGGAAAAACUAAAAAAAGUAAUAAUAUUAAGUCUAUAAUUAAUAAUAAUAUAAUAUUAAAUAUAAAAGCUCAGAGAAACGUUACUACUUCCAUUUAGAA